AUGGAUAUAGCUGACAUGCCCAAAGAAUCCGGUGAUAAUCCUCUUCUUGAUGUCGUUGAUGAUAAUGGAGAAUCAAUUGAUGAUUUAAAUGAAGAAUUCUAUGAUGCCUGUAAUAUCGAUUCCCCUCAUAAAUCAGAGCAAAAUGUUCUUAACGUGUCAGAAGACAUUGAUGAAUUCCACGAUCCACAAUCAGAACCAGAUGAUUUAGUUCUUAAAAUUCGACAGGAAGAGGAAAAUUCCCUUUCAGAUGAGGAGCUAGAGAAACGUAAACUCAAGGCUAUUCAGCUGAAAGAAGAGAGCAAUUCCAAGCUCAAGGAGAAGAAUUAUGCAGAGUCACGAGCACUGUACACGGAUGCCUUAAAUAUAUGCCCUCUAAAGUUCACUGAGGAGAGAGCGAAGAUUUUCUCUAAUCGUGCACUCUGCCAGUCACUCCUAGGUUAUUCAGAGACUGCCUUGGCAGAUUGUGAUCAGGCUAUAAAAUUAAAUCCCAAUUAUAUACGGUGCCUCCUCCGGAGAGCAGAUCUCAGGGAGAAAGCGGAACGCUUAACUGAGGCUCUUGAGGAUUAUCAGCAUAUCUUAAAACUCGAACCCUCCAAUGCUAAGGCUAGAGCAUCUUGUGCAAUUCUCCCCGAAAAGAUUGCCGCGCAACAGGAGAAAAUGAAGGCAGAAAUGAUGACUCAGCUUAAACAACUCGGUAAUCUUGUGCUAAAACCAUUCGGUCUUUCAACGGAUAAUUUCAAACUAACUCAAGAUCCCAACAGUGGCGGCUAUUCCGUUAGCUUCCAACAAUCAACCUAA